AUGGGUAAAUUGCAAGAAAUCAACGAACAAAUCGAUUUCUCCGCUGAGGAAUUGAAAAUAUUGCAGUGGUGGCGAGAAGAGAAGAUAUUUGCAAAAUCUUUGAAGCUCAGCAAAGGUCGUGCACGUUACACAUUCUACGAUGGUCCUCCGUUUGCUACGGGCUUGCCUCAUUACGGUCAUAUUUUGGCUGGAACUAUUAAAGAUGUUGUUACUCGCUGGGCACAUCAAAAUGGAUAUUAUGUUGAACGUCGCUUUGGUUGGGAUACGCAUGGUCUUCCAGUAGAAUAUGAAAUCGAUAAAAUACUUGGUGUUAAAGGUCCUCAUGAUGUCCUAAAGCUAGGCAUUGAUAAGUAUAAUGCUGAGUGUCGAAGUAUUGUCAUGCGAUACUCGUCAGAAUGGGAGAAUACAGUUGAACGUUUGGGACGCUGGAUUGAUUUCCGAAACGAUUAUAAGACACUUUAUCCAUGGUUCAUGGAAAGUGUUUGGUGGGUCUUUAGUCAGUUAUUCAAAAAAGGACUUGUAUACAGAGGAGUCAAGGUUAUGCCAUUUUCGACAGCUUGCUCUACACCGCUUUCAAAUUUUGAAGCUGGACAAAAUUAUAAAGAUGUUGUUGAUCCUGCAGUGGUUGUUGGUUUCACAUUAGAUGAUGAUUCAUCAAUACAAUUAGCGGCAUGGACGACAACACCGUGGACUUUGCCCAGUAAUUUAUGUAUUGCUGUUCAUCCAGAUCUUGUUUACGUCACUGUUCGGGAUAAAAAAACUGAAAAAAAAUAUAUCUUGAUGGAAGAGAGGAUAUCUGAAUUAUACAAAGACGUUGAAGAUUAUGAAAUUUUGGAUCGAUUCAAGGGGAAAGUACUGGAAGGUAAAACUUACCAGCCACUUUUUCCAUAUUUCGCUGAAAUGAAAAAUAAAACUGGCGCUUUUCGAAUUCUUGUUGCUACGUAUAUCACCACCGAACAAGGUACUGGUGUGGUGCAUCAAGCUCCCUAUUUUGGAGAGAUUGACUUUCAAACAUGUUUGGAUAAUGGUGUAAUAACCCGUGAUAUGAAACCAAUCUGUCCAGUCGAUGAAUGUGGUCGAUUCAGAGAUGAAAUCAUUGAUUUUUGCGGCCAGUAUGUAAAAGAUGCUGACAAAAAUAUUUGCAAGUAUUUGAAGCAGCAUGGAAAUCUUGUCAAACUGAGUGAAGUGAAACACAAUUAUCCUUUUUGUUGGCGCUCCGAUACACCACUGCUUUAUAUGGCGGUACCAUCCUGGUUCAUUCGCGUUGAAGAAAUCGUGCCAAAAUUGCUAGCUAAUAAUGAUAAAACUUACUGGGUUCCUUCAUUUGUGAAAGAUAAGAGAUUUGGUAAUUGGUUAAAAGAUGCUCAUGAUUGGGCUGUUUCAAGAAAUCGAUUUUGGGGCACUCCAAUAAAUUUGUGGGUGAGUGAUGAUUUUGAAGAAAUCAUCGCCCCAUCUUCAAUUGCUGAACUGGAAAAAUUAUCCGGGCAAAAAGUGACUGAUCUGCAUAGAGAAAACGUCGAUCACAUUACAAUACCAUCAUGUACUAAUCGUGGCGUGUUGCAUCGGGUUAACGAAGUUUUCGACUGCUGGUUUGAAUCUGGUUCAAUGCCCUAUGCUCAGAAUCAUUAUCCAUUUGAAAAAAGAAGUGAUUUCGAGAAUAAUUUCCCGGCUGAUUUCAUCGCUGAAGGUAUCGAUCAGACACGAGGUUGGUUUUAUACUCUUAUGGUCCUUUCAACAGCGCUCUUUGAUCGACCAUCAUUCAAAAAUCUUAUUUGCAAUGGCCUGGUACUUGCUGCUGACGGCUCGAAAAUGUCGAAACGGAAGAAAAAUUAUCCAAAUCCUUUGGAAAUUAUUGAAAAAUAUGGGGCUGAUGCUUUGAGAGUUUAUUUGAUCAAUUCACCUGUUGUUCGUGGAGAGAAUUUGCGUUUUCGAGAAGAAGGUGUUAGAGACGUAUUGAAAGAUGUAUUAUUACCGUGGUAUAAUGCAUACAGAUUUUUCAUUCAGAAUGUGAAAAUUUAUGAAUCUAUGAAUAAUAAAGGCUUCACAUUACUGGAUAGUAAUUCGGUUAAUGUAAUGGAUAAAUGGAUUGUGUCGUUUACGAACAGCUUGCUGAAUUUUGUUAGAAAUGAAAUGAGUGCAUAUCGACUUUAUGCGGUCGUCGCACCACUAAUGAAAUAUUUCGACUCUUUAACGAAUUGUUAUAUACGUUUAAAUAGAAAAAGAAUGAAAGGUGAAGAUGGUCCAAAAGAUUGUGCACACAGCCUUUCGACAUUAGGAAAAGUUCUUCUGAUGAUCGUCCGACUCAUGGCACCAUUUACGCCUUUUUUUUGUGAACAUUUAUGGCGUAAUUUACGGCAUAUUUCUUCAUCAUCCAGUGAAUCCAUACAUUUCGAAAUGAUUCCACAACCACUAAAUGAUGUAAUAGAUGAAUCAGUGGAAAAAAGAGUUGCAAGAAUGAGAGCAGUUAUUGAUCUAGUUCGGGUUUUACGAGAAAAAAAAGGAAUACCAGUCAAGUAUCCAUUGAAAGAGAUGAUCGUAAUCAACCGUGAAGAACAAUUCUUAGAUGACAUUCUCUCACUGCAAAAUUAUAUUAUGGCAGAAGUUAACGUAAGAAUGCUAAAAGUUUCACACAAUAAGGAAAAGUAUGGUGUGUAUUUGAAAGCUGAACCAAACUUCCGCUUACUUGGCACUAGAUUGAAGAGUGAUCAGAAGAAAGUUGUUGAUUAUCUGAAGAUUUGUGUUAAUUGUAUUCCAGAACCAUUUGUUGAAAAAAGAUGUGAAGCUCUAUGCUCCACAUUUUACGACGGUCUUGCAGUGGAGAAAUUUUUUCUUGCAUUGAAUCAAGUUACUGAAGAUGAAUUGGAACAGUUUGCGGAACGGGGUACAUUGAACAUAUUAGGUUAUGAAUUGACUGCUGAAGAAGUGAGCUUAUGUUAUGCAUGUCGUGGUGUCCAAACUGUUGGCGGACAAAUGGAAGCGCAUUCAGAUGGGCAGACAAUAGUGAUAGUAGAUAUAACCGAAGAUGAUGCUCUGAAAGACGAAGGUUUUGCGCGUGAAGUUAUCAAUCGCAUCCAGAAGCUUCGUAAAAGUGCCAAAUUGAUGCCAAAUGAUAAGGCAGUAGCAUAUUGCACAGUAAGUCCCUCUACUCAUCGUUUGGCUACAGUAAUUAAAGACUACAAUGAAUUUAUUGAAAACUCAACUGGUACUCCAAUAUGUUUGUCCAGUAUACCAGAUAAUGCAAUAUCAGUUGCAGUAUCUUGCAGUUCAGUGAAGGAUGCACAAGUAGAGUUACAUCUGGUGUGCUAUCGAAGGACAUCAUCCGCAGUAACAGUGCAUUAUGGUUCUCAGAAGCACAAUAUAUUGCUGGUAGCAAAUGAUGAAGUCCUAACACAUACCAGGACAAGAAAUUUUCUUCAUUAUUUCUACGAAGAUAUUAGUGUCCUGGAGUUAAUGCCAACAGAUUCGAUGAAGAAUUUCUUUGUUUGUAGAAUCAUGACAAGUUCCGUUUAUGCAAAAAUUCAUAUCAGUACAGUUAUAAUCAAAGAAGCUGCAGAGACUCAUGGUGUCGUGGCAAGCAACAACAUGGGAGUUCAAAAGUGA